AUGUCUGAAUACGCCUCUCCAUUACACAAUUUCAACUCUCCGACGAGUCGCAUUCCACAAGACGGGACAACCGUGCGUUCGAGUCCGCUCGGGAUGAAAAAGAAGAAAGACGAAACGUGAGGUAGAAGAGACUCAAGAGGAGAACGAAGCUGAAUUAAAAAGAGAGACAAAGUGACCUGUCUGUCCCAUGAGGCCGUCAUGAGGGCUCAACUUUGCUGCCUGUUGCUUUUGUUAGUCGACUGUCAAGAGCGGAUUACAGGCGACGUGAGCUUCAUCAGCCCGUACAUAAAACAUUAUGAGGGGCUAUCAUACGACAGGGAGGACCUCCACAAAAAACACCUGCGAGCCCGCAGGGAUGCACCAUCUCAGCGACAUAUGCUGGAUUUGGACUUCACUGCUUUUCACAGAACUUUCCGAUUGCGUCUGAGACGAGACGCCGGGACCUUCUCCAGUGACUUCAAGGUGGUCAGCGAGCGUGGCGCCACAGCUGCCGACCUCUCCCACUUAUAUUCCGGAACGCUGGAGGGCGAACACGACUCAGCCUGUCAUGGAUCCGUGUUACGGGGUCAGUUUGAAGGAAGUAUCCACGCCGACAACGUCAUUUAUCACGUGGAAGCGGCUCACAGGUACAACGUCAGCGACCACCACUCCAUCAUCUAUCGUGAGGAUGACAUGGUUUUACCAACUAGAGGAAAUGGACUGGAUUCUGGAUUUUGUGGUGCCGGAUAUCUAAAGACGCUGGCCCAAAGCCUCAAACCUGUUGAUCAGGAGGCAGCAGCGAACCGUGCGAGGAGAACGCCGGACGAAGCUAAAACUUGCUGCCUGUUGCAUCUCACCGCUGACCACCGCUACUUCGACAAGUUUGGGUCGGUGGAGGCUGUUGUGGCUCAGGUUGCCUCAUACAUGCGAGCGGUUAAUGACAUAUACGACAAAGUGAAGUUCGAUGGAAUCAAGUUGAUCAACUUUAAAGUCAAAUCCCUCACUGUCAUGACGAAGGAGAACAUAUCAGACCCUCUGACUCCUCUCUACAUCGGCCCGGAGAAACUGUUGAGUCUUUACUCCGAAAACAACUGGGGCAACUUUUGCCUGUCGUAUCUGCUAACCAACCGAGACUACAGCGGAGUGCUGGGACUCGCCUGGGAGGGCAAGGCCGGUAACUGGGGAGGAAUCUGUUCGCAGUACACCACCCUUUCGAACGGCCGCCAUUCCACCCUGAACACGGGUCUGGUCACGAUUCAGAACUACGGACAGUUCCUUCCUCCUCGACACGUCCAGUUGACCCUCGCUCACGAACUCGGACACAGUCUCGGAGCUCCGCACGAUGAAGGCUCUAAUUGUGGCAGCUUGGGCUCUUCCGGCGGAAAGGGCCGCUACCUGAUGUUUCCCGAAGCCACGGACAAAGUGCGUGAAAACAACGACAAACUAUCCACCUGCAGCGUUGAACACAUUAACAAGCUGCUGCGCCUCAAGAAGGACGAUUGCUUUGUGGUCAGUGAUACGCCCAUAUGCGGUAACCAGAUAGUGGAGGAAGGCGAGGAGUGUGAUGUGGGACUCAAUUACACGGACCUCUGCUGCUAUAGCACAAAAGAACGAGUAGGGGUGCAGUGUCGCCUAAAGCCUGGCAAAGUAUGCAGUCCCAGUCAAGGCCUUUGCUGCAGUCAGGAGUGCAGCUUCAAGUCAGAACUUCAAACCUGUGACGAAGAAACGGACUGUCAGAAGGAGAGCAAUUGUUCAGGUCACUCAGCACUGUGCCCCGAUCCAAGCCCUAAAGAAAACCUCACCCUCUGCAGUCAAGGGACUCGUGUCUGCUUCAAUGGGGUCUGUGCCGAGUCUUUAUGUGUGAAACACAACCUGGAGCAGUGCGAUUGUCCAGGUGAUUCCAAGAAGCAGAAAUGCCACAUGUGCUGCCAGCAGCCCGGUGAGCCAGACACAUGUGCAAGCACCACCUCCUCCGUGUUGUCCCGUCACUUCCAGAAAAAGGCUUUGCCCCUGGUGGGCGGGUCGCCAUGCAUGGGCAACCAAGGCUACUGCGACAAAUUCCACGUUUGUCGCCUAUUGGAUGCAGACGGCCCCAUCGCCAGGUUGAAGAACUCCUUCCUCAACCUUGAUGAAUAUGAAGACCUGGGAGAGUGGAUGAAGGCUCACUGGUGGGCCAUCUUGUUGGCUAUCCUGGCCCUGUCUACAGUCAUGAGCUGCACUGUCUGCCUUUGUGGUCAAACUCUGGAUACCAGAAACCUGGACUGACUCAACCUGAAGAUGUAUCAAACAAAUUUCAUUAAUUUAUCUGGCAUUUCAUGUCACGAAAUGUCUAGAAUUCCAUUUCAAGAAACUUCCUUGGAGACGCUGCUUUUGUUACACCAUAAAAUACUGAAUAGUUGAAAUAUUAAAAUGGCAUUUAAAUGAAUUAACUGACAUUUGUCAUUUAUUUACAUAUAAACACAACCCGCUAGCCAGUCAGAAGCUAACGUUAGCUUAGCGAUAGUUUUUGCUAGCAUCUCCAAACACGUGAUUAUAUUCGGCUCAAAGCACUCAAAAAUCAUACGUACAUAUAUGAAUUUGUCAUGUUCUUCAUUAUUCAACACUUAUAUACAAUAUACCUGAAAUGGAAGAAAUCAUCAGACAGGCGAGGACGGAGGAGGACAAGUGAGAGACUCGCGGGUCAGUGGGUGGAGCCCAAAGCAAUCAAUUGUACAUAAGCUUUUCAGAGCUAACUAGCCUAUCACAGAUAAUAAAAAAUUCAAUUCAAAAUGCUGUCAUAGGCCAUAAAUUAUUCCAUCUUCACACUAACUUUAGGUCAUCAGUGUUGUUUUUCUUGGCUAUAUUAUGGCAAUACAUGACAAUGUGAAUUGCCUUCUCAUGUUACAGCAUG